AUGGCGCCCAAGAAACCAGCAAAGGCGCAAAGAGCAGCUCCUCCUCCGGAGGGGGGGAGUGGUGCUCUCGAGCCGCCCAAACCCUUCCGCGUCGCUCCCGAUUCGCUCAAGCCCUUCACCUCGUCGCUCUCCAAGAAACACGUGUACAUCUCGCACGUCGACCAGAAGCCGGCCUCGUUCAAGCGUAAGAUCUUCUCGGUGCCGAUCCUGCUUAACGCCUUCGUCUUCGCCAUGUUCCUGUGGCGCAUGUGGUACAUCAUCCCCUACUACGUUGAGCUCCUCAGCUCUUCGUUCUUGGGCUACGAAAACUCGACGACGAUCCGCAUGGCCGACCUGACCUACCGACAAUUUUUCAUGGUGGCUGGCCGCCGCACGCUCACUUUCCUGUUCGACUUUUUGCUGGCCGUGUUCGUCUGGCCGUGGCCCAUCGAGUUCGUGUUCGGGCGCAAGCACGGCAGCCCCGUGUCGUGGCGGACAGCGGUCGGGUUCCGCGACAAGGAGAUUUACGUGCGCCGCUCGCGCUCGUGGGACACGCAGGUUUAUGGGGUGGACAUCUUUUCGGAGAAGCCGCAGGGUAACGAGGCGCGCAGCAUUCUGUGGGGCAUGGUCCGCAACGCGACGAGCCCCAUGCUGCUGCAGGAGAAGACGGGAUAUCUGACCAUGAACGGCGACUGGGAUUUGGACUGGAAGGCCAUGGUCAAGGCGACUGCGUUGGUGGAUAAGAAGGAUAUUCCCCUGGACGCCUUCAGGACGCUGGUGCUUUGCCACCACGACAAGUUUGGGUGGAUUGCGAUUGAUAUGAAUGCUUCCGGGGAGAGUGCGCAGGAGGAUGAGCGCAGGAGACAGGUGUUUGCGUUCCGCGAUGCGCUGGCGGCUGUUGGAAAGGAGAACCUUUUCUAUCGCUGGAUCGAGGUCAUUCAGUUUGAGACCCAGCAGGGCGGUUUUACGCAGGAGAGGCAGCUCGAGGUGGCGCAGAAGAUUAGGGAUCUGUUCAAGGAGAACGGGGUUGACUUUGACGAGUUCUGGAAGGAGGCUGUCGGGUCGGAUCCUUCAGUCGGGAUAUAA